AUGGGUGUCUUCAUUCCUGCUGGGAAGUUGGAAAACUUAAAAUUAUACAAAUAUUCUUCUGAAGAUCACUCAGUCGUUUCCAAGCUCAUUUUGAAGCUGUGGUGGAAUAACUUUGUGAAAAUCUUCCCUCUCUCUAUGGCUCCUAAUGUAAUUACUCUCACGGGAUUGGGUUUCAUUAUUGCAAACUUAUUGGUCGUAUUUUACUACGAUCCAACUUUGACUGAAGCAUCUCCAAGAUGGUGUUAUUUUUUCUAUGCCUUUGGACUCUUUAUGUAUCAAACCUUUGAUGGUUGUGAUGGUUGCCAUGCUAGAAGAACUGGCCAAAGUGGUCCUUUGGGUGAAUUGUUUGACCAUUCCAUUGAUGCCAUCAAUACAACCUUGGGAUGUAUGGUGUUUGGUUCAGUCUUUAGAAUGGGAUAUGGAUUUUUAUUCAUGCUCUCUCAAUUUUCCACUGUUUGUAAUUUUUACACUUCAACAUGGGAAGAAUAUCAUACUCAUACCUUAUUUUUAUCACACUUUAGUGGACCAGUUGAAGGUAUCUUGAUGAUUUGUUUCCUUUAUAUUCUUACUGGAGUUUUUGGUCCAGGUAUUUGGCAAGCCAAGUUGGUUGAUUUAGACUUAUCAUCCCUUGGUGGUUCUUCCUCCUUUGAGGUCACCACUUCCAUCGUUUAUCUUGUCAUUGGUGCUCCAGCAUUGUAUUUCAACAUUGCAUCAGCUGUUAAUAACGUUAAGAAACAUUAUUAUCAUAGUAAGGAACUUUCUCGUUUUGAAGCAGACGAAGAAAUUGCUGAAUCUUAUAAAGGUUUAAUUCCAUUCUUCGCUUAUUAUGCAUCCAUUCUUUUAUAUAUUUGGUCUUUCCCAGAAACAUUAUCUAAAAAUGGGUUCCCACUCAUCAUUUCCAUUGGUUUAACUGUUGCAUUUAGUGUUGGAAGAAUUAUUUUAGCUCAUUUAACUAAACAAGAGUUCCCAUACAUUCAACCACCAAUGUUUUUACCUAUCCUUCAAACUAUCUUGGCUCACGUUUUGAUUGGAGUUUAUGAUUUCGAUCGUAGUACUGUCUUGACGGGUUUGAGUUGGUCUGGUUUGGGUAUCACACUUGGUAUUCAUGGUAUGUUCAUUACCGAAAUUAUUUAUGAGAUUACCACCUACUUAGACAUUUACACGUUAUCUAUCAAACACAAGAGAGCUUGA